AUGGGCUCCGUAACGCCGAAUGGAACAGAUGUCGCUCAGCAAUCGAAUGGAACACAUCCACAAGCACAAACGCAGACACUGCCGAAGCCUACGAGGCCGAUAACAUCGCGCACACCAUACAGCUUUCUGCACAACAAAUUGAAACGGCGCAUGACGAAUCCGGAAAAGACCCCCCUCGUUCUCGUCGCAUGCGGCAGCUUCUCGCCUAUCUCCAUCCUCCACCUCCAAAUGUUCGAAAUGGCCGAGAAGUACGCCAACAAGAAGACGAAUUUCGAAGUGGUCGGCAGUUACCUCAGUCCCGUCAGUGAUGCCUACAAGAAGCCGUCUUUGGUGCCGGCGCAUCAUCGCCUGGUGAUGUGCUCAUUGGCGGUGGAGGACACAACGGACAUCAUGGUUGAUUCAUGGGAAGCAUUACGGCACGAUGAGGCUGGUGAGCCAGUUUACAGUACCACGAUUGAUGCUUUGCGACAUUUCGACCAGGCGAUCAAUGAGGAAAUGGGAGGCAUACAAACCGCAGACGGGAUUUACAAGAAGGCGCAAAUAGCUCUACUCGUUGGCGCCGAUGUGGCUGUGACCAUGGGCGAUCCAAAAGUGUGGGAUCCUGCGGAUCUCGAGCAGAUUCUUGGAGACUACGGCAUGUUUGUGGUGGAACGGCCUGCUCAGACGGACAUCAACACCGCUCUCAAGCCUUUGAUGAAGUACGACAAAAUUUGGCAGGUCAAUUCAUUCGAGAACGAAGUAAGCUCAACGAGAAUCCGCGCCCAGAUCAAGAAUGGGGAAGAUGUCUUUGAUCUUCCACCCAAGGUCAUUGAUUACAUACGGUCGCAUGGGUUGUACAAUGGGGUGCCUGCGUAA